AUGGACAUCUUUUUAAUCCUAUCGAGCGUUUUCAUUGCCUUUCUGAUUAUCUUCUGGAAAUACAGGUUUGAGAGAAGAAACGUUGGUGAAAUGUCAUCGAAUUCAACUGCCCUUGCACUAGUAAGAACCUCUUCUACUGGGUCAACUAAGAACAAUACUGAUAAGAGUCUUUCAGUCAACAGUCUCUCUCGGGAUAUCUUAAAUAAUUUCCCACACUCAAUAGAAAUGCAGAAGCGAAUUUUGGUAAACCUCAGGAUCGUGGACUACAAGCUGGCUGAAUUGGAACAUUUCCUAGUCACCAAGGGUUUAAAUGGUGCAUUAGUUACCCGCAAAUCCACUGAAAAGCUUACAAGCUGUAAUGACAGUGGAGGCAAUCAUUAA